CCCUUUCAAUCGGCCUUGUUCCUUUGUUUCCAGAUAUAGAGAAAGAUCUCAGAGAGAGUUUGAAAAGGAGGAGGAAGAACAACGACUGCGAGAUACCCAGAACGAAGAAGAUUUGAUUUUUCCAGGCAGGCAAUCUGAAAGAAUGGCUUCAAGACCCGUUGUUCAACAGCAAAAUAGAGGAGUUGAGGGAGUCCCUGGGGGAAUAAAGCAAAAGAACAUGGCAGCAGAGGGAAGGAACCGGCGGGCACUUGGGGAUAUUGGCAAUAUGGUUACCGUUCGAGGGGCUGAAGGCAAGCAGCAGCUUCCUCAGGUGUCUCGCCCCCUCACGAGGGGUUUUUGUGCACAGCUACUGGCUAAUGCACAAGCUGCAGCAGCCGAUAAAAACAAGAAAUCUAUUGCUGUGAAUGUGGGUGGAGCUGCUGCAAAUCAGGCAGCUAAAGUGCCUAGAAAGCAGCAGCAGCAGCAGCCUGCUCAGAAGAAGGUUACUGUCAAGCCCAAGCCUGAAGCUGUGAUUGUAAUCAGCCCUGACACUGAAGAACAACAAGAAGAGGUGAAGGAAAAGAAGAGCCGCAGAAAGGCAGCUGCUGAAGAUUCAUCUAGAAAGACUUAUACUGCAACUCUCACAGCCCGAAGCAAGGCUGCUUGUGGACUGAACAUUAAAAAGGAGAAGAAGAUUCAAGAUAUUGAUGCUGGAGAUUUGUACAAUGAAUUGGCAGUUGUGGAGUAUGUAGAAGACAUUUACAAGUUCUACAAGGAAGCUGAGAAUGAAAGCCGGGUUCAUGAUUACAUGGAUUCCCAGCCAGAGAUCAAUGUAAAAAUGAGAGCAAUCCUGGUUGACUGGCUGAUUGAAGUUCACUACAAAUUUGAGCUCACAUCUGAGACACUGUACCUCACAAUCAACAUCAUCGAUCGAUAUCUAGCCGCGAGGACUACCUCAAAGAGGGAAUUGCAGUUAGUAGGCAUUAGUGCUAUGCUCAUAGCAUCAAAAUACGAGGAAAUCUGGGCACCGGAGGUCAACGACUUCGUGUGCAUCUCAGACAGGGCUUACAACCAUCAACAAGUGCUGGAGAUGGAGAAACGAAUCCUCGGCGAACUCGAAUGGUACCUCACAGUCCCCACCCCAUACGUGUUCCUCGUCCGCUUCAUCAAAGCGGCCGAGGCCGAUCCAGCAAUGGAGAACAUGGUGUACUUCCUCGCAGAGCUGGCGAUGAUGAAUUACGCUACAAUGGUGUAUUGCCCCUCCAUGAUUGCCGCCUCCGCAGUCUAUGCUGCGAGAUGUACACUCCACAAGUCCCCCGCCUGGAACGAAACGCUCAAGCUCCACACCGGCUUCUCUGAGGCGCAGAUAAUGGAUUGCGCCAAGCUUCUGGUUGAUUACCAUUUCGAGGCUGCGGCGAACCACAAGCUGCAGGUGAUCUACCGGAAAUAUUCCAACCCUCAGAAAGGCGGCGUUGCUGAGCUGCCACCUGCCAAAUUUCUAUUGGCUCCUGCGCCAUAGAUGCAUACAUAUCAGCUGCUGUGCUUGCUGCUCUCUGCUCAUCGUCAUCAUCUAGUUGAUUCGUUUGAUUCUUCCUUCUUUUUUUAUAUGUUUGCAUUCAAGUGUUUUGAACAGCUCUGAGAUUAUCUUUGAACUCUUUACUAUUUUUUUUUAAUGAAAUCUCUAUGAACAAAUUUAGUAUAAUAUAGAAAGUUCAUUCCCAAAA